AUGCAUACUAAAACACUGUCAUUGAUUCUACACUCCUUUAGCCUGGCAUUUAUCAUCUCAGCGUUAUCAUUAGAUCAAUGGUAUUGUGGUGGAUUAUUUACUUCAUGCUUGAAACAUUAUCAAAGCUUUUUAAUGUUAGCCUUUGUGCUUGAUGCAAUCACUGUGUGUUCAUCAUCGUUAGACUAUAAUCCAACAUAUGCUACAACUCGACUGGUAUCCUUGAUCAUUGGUCUAGUCAGCAUAUUCUCUGCUAUCUUGAUCUACUCUACCCAGAUGGAUCGUCAGUAUUCCUCUUUCACGUGUACACUUGGUAUUGUCUUUGCAUUUCAAGUAGCUAUUCUCAAUUUAUUCGGAUCACAGUGUAUUCAACGGACUGAAGUGAUUGUAGCAGAGUGA